UUGGCAUAACACGUAAUCACGUGAGACGCGAGAGGUCACGAGAAUGGGGGAACAACGGAAGUGUGAAGAAUGAUGUAAACAAAUGGAAAACAGAUAGACGUUUCAAUGUUUAGCGGAUUUAAUCAAGGCGACAUAAUCAACUAGUAAAUUACUUACAUUCUGAUUAGAAUGCACAAAGAAUAUCUUAAGCGGAAGCGUUGUGCACGAUAACCUACAAAUAUUCAUUUACAAGCCCUAUAAGAUUUCGAUAACAGCAAGAAUGGCAGCAGAAUCCACUCUAAGUCCUCCAGCUCCUCUGGAUCUUGGAAGAAUGGAAAUGGAGGCCAAGGAAACUGCCAAGAAACACAUAGCAAAUUUGUUACAGCGACCAGAGCAGUUGGAAAGAGUCGAUCAAUACAAGAGAAGAAUUUCCCGCAAAAAGGCUUCUGUGGACACGAUGCUGAAAACCGCAGUGCAGUCCCAGCUUGAUGGAGUCAGAACUGGUUUAAACCAGUUACAGAGUGCUCUUCAGGAUGUAUAUGAAAUCAAACAGAGACUUGAUGAGGUAGAUGAGGCUUACAGGUCAAUCUCCCCUCUACACACAAAACUGAUGGAACUGAAAAAGGAGAACACUAGAUAUUGUCAGCUUGCAUCAGCCAUGGAGAAUCUCAAACACAUAUUUACUGCACCAGAAAUUGUCAGAAAAACCGAGGAACUGAUAAAUGAAGGAAAACUACUUCAAGCCCACAAACACUUAACAGACUUGGAACAGUCCAGAGAUGACCUGAUGUUUGAGCUUUAUAAACAACCUCAGCAGAGUCCCACUGAUAAUAAUACUUUGGAAAAAUAUUUCCGAGAUGUAAUCAAGUUAUCGGAGCAGCUGGGUAAACAGCUGUGGGUGAUUAUACAGAGGACUCUGAUGUCCGUGAGGAGGGAGCCCACUCUGAUCGUCACAGCUCUGAGAAUCAUUGAACGGGAAGAGAGAACUGAUGAAUUUUACAUCAAGCGUAAAGCCCAGACUGGAUUUAUUCCCCCUGGUCGUCCGAAGAAAUGGAGGGAAAAAUGUUUCAGUAUCUUGGAGGAGUCCAUAUCGUCGAGAAUUGAAGGUAAUCAAUUUGAAGACCGGAGCAACAACAAAAUGUGGCUGGUUCGCCACCUAGAGGUCACCAGACAACUCAUGUUGGAAGACCUUAAAGUGGUCAAGCAAAUGCUACCUCCUAUUUUCCCUCCAGAAUACAACAUUGUGAAGAAGUAUGUACGGAUGUACCACAAGGCGUUGUCCAGUCACUUUCAAGAAAUGAUUCUUCAAGGUUUGGAGGGGAAUGAAAUUGUGACUCUGCUACAGUGGGUCGGAAUAUAUAAUUCACCAGAACUUAUGAAACACCCAGCAUUGGACUUUGACACCAAAGAAUUUGGUCCACUGUUAGAGACGACGGCUGUGGAUGAACUACAAAAUCAAUACCUAAAGACCAUGAAGUUGAAUAUAAUGGAGUGGACCAAAAAUUCCUUGACUCAGGACCAAAAGGAUUGGUAUCGCGCUGAACAUCCUGAUGCAGAUGGCGACGGUUAUUACUCCACCUCUCUGCCAGUCAUCAUAUUUCAAAUGAUGGAGCAAAACCUGCAAGUUGCCCAAAUGAUUGGAGAGGAUAUGGUUAAGAAGGUGAUCGAGCUCUUCACCGAUGAACUAUCCCAUUAUGGCAAGGAGUAUAGAGGGGCCUUACAGAGCUUCAGAGAUCGGCAUCUACAGGAUAGAAGUGAACCAAAGUUUUAUCUCCAUUACAUAAUUGCCAACACAAAUAACUGUAUUGCCUUUGGUGACUACAUGAGUCAGCUGAGGAAGCGCUACCUUAAGGAGGAGUUGGACAAUAAGGAUGAGUAUAUCUACAUCAGAAAGGACCGCUUCCAGACUCUCACAGACGAAUUUAACAGAAUCGGCAACUUUGGUGCAAAUUGUGUCUUAGAGGAGGUGUUUAUUGACCUUAAAAACAGCAAGUGCUUUGAAGAGCUGAUGACCAAAACUUGGCAACAGAGCAGUCACCCGGUGGAGGUGAUAUGUGCCACGUGGAAUGACUACAGUGUGGACUUUAUCCACCUUAAACCUGUUUUCCACACAGCUUUGGUGGAGGAAGGUCAAAAGAGAGUUUUAAAAGAAUAUCUUAAAUCACUACUCUCUAAGAAACUCUCCUUCAAGACCUAUGAAGAGAGGAAGAGUGCAGCCGAGAAGAUUUGUAAGGAGGGUGACCAGAUGGGAGCUUUGUUUCACAAGUACACAAAUAAAAUUGAUCCAAUUCAAUUGCCAAUAACAGAAAACCUGUUUGCUGUACUGCCGAUGCUUGCUGAGGUUUUGCGCUUGAGAGAUUCCUCCAUGAUGUCUCUUGAACUAACGGGCUUGGUGACAAAGCACCCAGACAUGAAGGCGGAGCAGCUGGUAAAUCUUCUGAUGUGUCGCGGAGACUUGAGUCGCGCAGAUGCUCGACAGAUUGUCAGUGAUACCAUUGCUGAGGAGGAUCCACAAAAACCACGACCCACCGGGAUCUUUACAGACAUUCCUUGUUAGAUUAUAAACCAAUCAGGAAGGAGAAAAUCGGCACGGACAGCAGAAUUAACAAAUGUGUGGAUUAUAAACCAAUCAGGAAGGAGAAAAUCGGCAGGACAGCAGGCUUUAACAAAUGUGUGGAUUUGUUGGAAACACAUUGAAAUCUUUCAGUUAUGAUAAACUCUUUUGUUUUUGCUUCAUUAUAUUAUGGACUUGACAAUUGCGAUAGACUGCAAUUUUGUACACUUAAAUCUACAUGUACCUUGUGCAAUACAAAUAACGGCUAAUAAAUGUAUAAAGAUC